AUGGGUAAAGUUGAAGAAGAGGCAAAGGAGGAUCAUGCUGAAGACAAGCAGCAACCGAACCAAGAUUUCACACCCCAAGAACAUAAGCAUGCUCACCAAUUGCAGAAUUUAACAUUUGCAAUAGACAAAAUAACAGAACAUGUUAAAGUACAGACAAAUUUCUUGAAAAAACCAGUAAACAAGCAGUUGAAUAUCACCGAAAAACUGAAUAAUGAGACAAGGGACAUUAGUUCUCGUGUUACGACUUUGGAAAAUUCUACGUCUUUUAUAAACAUUCAGACAAGCAAUAUUGUUAGAAGAAUUGCCUCGGAAGAACGAUCCACAUUAUCAGUAAUCAACCAAAUCAGCGCUUUACGGACUAGUUUAUCAGCACAAGGAACAUUAACAAACAGAUUAAACACUCAGGUAAACACGAUUUCCAACAAAAAAACUGUGCUUGGAAACAAAAUUCAAAGCCUGGAUAACAAGCUUCAAUUUUUCCAAGAUACUGAUGCUUUUAGAGCUUUCAAGCGAUGCACCUGGCAAAGUGGUGAAGGCACUGAAAAUGGAAGUUAUAGCAACGAUGUUAAUGCUGGAAGCCCUGUAACCAAGAAUGAAUGCAUAAAGCUUUGUAUCAAGAAGAGUGCCGGGUACAAUGGAGCAAUUUAUCACAUCAGUAGUAAAGGGUGCUCCUGUUUAAGCAAUAUGAAUGGAAGAGAUUCAGAUGGCAGUUACGUUUCUUGUUACAUUAGAUAAAAAAACAUACUUUUUUUGCGUUAGCAUGUAUUAUGAAGAAUGUAACGAUUUUUUUAUGUAACUUGAAAAUGGUGAGGAAUGAAGUAAGAAGACUUACUUCAUUCCUCACCAUUUUCUCUCCACCAUUGUUUUUUAACACGCAAUAUUUGUCAAUUAUUCUGUUUUUAGUGAUGUAAAUUGCUACGAAGCAUUUUUAGUUUUAAGUUUAUCCAAAAUUAAGUCCUUCUUAUUCCCAUUUCAAUCAACAGAUUCGUGUGUUCCAGAUCCUUGGAAAGGAUGGCACUUGGUG